AAUCACAAAGCAGCAAUGCACUCGCUACGGUUUCUGAGUGCUGAAGUUCUGGUAUCUAAGGGGCAAUUGGUAAGGCAGAACCUGAGCCAUCUUGCACACAACCUCUUCCCUCUUCUUUUUAAGGCAAGCUACUUGCAGGAGAAGGUGGAGGUGAUUCAUGACCUGGUGGAGAACUGGCCACUGGCCGAAUUCAAUGUUGGAAAGUUACUGGGAAAGACAGCUGAUCACCCAGAAGACAUCAGUAACCGAGCCUGUUCUCUGUGCCUGACCAGCUGCCUAGCUGGUUUGAAGGACUAUGUUUUGAAUUUCUCAUCACCCUAUGCGAAACGACUCAAAACCGUGGACUUAACAGGCAUAAAGGAUGUUGAAGUUCAACUCUGCCCCUGUAGAAAAACAAUGGGACGGUGGGCCCGGACAGAACUUCUCUCAAGGACCUGCUAUGACCUGCUGGUGGACAUGCAAAACUCGCCCUUCCUUCCUGAUGUGUUUGAAGUCUCUGUGGAUGUCUUUGCUGACAUCUUUGUCACUGAACGAAACUAUGAGUUAGUUGUCCAGGCCCUGCUAAUGAGGUGUCACUGCCCACUCAAAAUCCGCUGCAAAGCCUUCCGAGUGGACAAUCUGGCUCUACGGAAGCUCUUCUACAUCAUAAAGCUUACAGAGCCCUCUUCCCUGGGCAAGUUUGAAGUAGUUCACAAUGUUAGGCUCCAUAUGGAACAUUUGCAAGUGCUUUUUAAUAACGUCCAGUUUCCUAAACUGGCAUCGCUCACCCUGCCAGCUGGGACCUUUGAUGUGAGAAGGUUCACACCAGAGGAUGAAGACACUCUUUCAGGAAUUGCGGAAAAGAUGAGCCAAAUGACUCAGCUGACAGAGUUGAGCCUGGCAUUUUCCACCCUCACCGGACGGCUCCGUAAACUGCUCAGUCCUUUGAAGACACCGCUGAAAAUGCUGGAUGUUUCCAACUGUUCUCUGAACCAUUCUGACAUGGCUUAUUUAGCCAACAGCCUGCAUUCUGAGAAUCUAGAAGCUCUUGAUAUCAGUGGGCAUGAUGUGGCUGAUUUGUACCCAUCAACCUUCUUCAAACUCCUGAACCGUUCGUCUUAUACACUGAAAAGCCUCACACUUGAGGAAUGCAACAUUCAGGACAUUCAUGUCAACAUGCUGAUUUUGGGGUUGAUUCCUUGUCAGAAAUUAGAGGAGCUAAAGUUCCUUGGAAAUCCUCUAUCUUCUCGAGCCUUGAAAUGCCUUUUUAAUGUUUUCAUUGAUUUUCCAAAGCUGAAAUAUAUCGAAUUUCCGGUUCCGAAAGAUUGCUAUGCAAGCAACAUCAGUUACCCAAUUGGGGAAAGUGAUCUUUCGAAAUUUGACCACCAGAAAUAUGAGAGAAUAGUCGAAGAUCUUCAUAUGAUUUUUUUGCAAGCAAAGCGGGAAGACAUCAAGGCUUCUACUCCCCUCUAUGGAGGGUACGAUGCUGCAAUUCAGGAAACAGGAAAUGAACUAGGAAUUUCUUUGUUGAAGUCAUUCCAAGACGCCCUACAAAAUUUCAGCGUGGCCCUUAAGGAAAUGAGCUGAAGUUUGAAGCUGAAGUGUAUGCAAAUGAAAUAUGAGCACAUACGGAGAAUUGAAAAGGGUUUGUGGUACCCUCAAACUCAUAUCGUGGUCACCUUAUGGUUGUUCUAUAGCCAUCCCCUUUGAUACUGGUUUGACCUUCCAAUAUCUUCAUUUCUUGAGAAAAUUCAGA